AGAGAGGAGUCAGGUUUCCUUCAGUCUGUAUUUUCUUUACGUGUAUUUCUUCUUCGUCCCCUUUGUCAUCGUCUUCGUCGCCGCCUUGCUUUCCGUUUUCUUCGAUUUCUUUGUAACUUCCAAGUGUCGUUUUCUUUCAGGCUCUAAUUUUUCUGAUGUCCAACCCGCUGCUUGAACCGUCCAGUCUUGUCAUUGUAUUUUACGGAGCUCAGGACGGCAGGUUGUUUCGGCGUCACCAGCGACCGAGUGCUCACUUCAUGGCUGGCAACAAUCCUGAUGCCACAUAAAUAUAAAACUGCCACUCACCAAGAUUUCCAGACACGGACUAUUUAUUUCAGGGCAAAGAAUGAUGUCUUUUCAAAUCUUGAUCCCUACACCAUGAAGGGAUCAGCAAUGAAAUUAAUGAACUGAAUGAAUCUAUAUGCAACUAAAACUAACAACGUAGCCCUUAGAUGAAGAUCCCAGUGUUAUUUAGUAUUAUCACAUCGUAUUUAUCAAAACUACAUCCUCACAAACAAGCUUUUAAUUGACGUCACAGGAGAGACAGCUUAGGCGCAGCCGCGCAGGAGUAGUUGGCAACAGCGGGUCACAAUGGGCGGAUGGCGGCAGGUGCGUGCGCGGCGUUCUGUGUUUUUGCUGUGUUUUGUGCCGUUACGGUGAUGUCUCGGUUACAGUGACGAACAUCAAGUAUACUAGCUAUCCUGGUGUUGCCUCGACUUGUGUGGCAGUGCCUGUGUGUCCUGGGACGGCGCUAAAGUUGCCCUCUGGUGUGUCUUAUGUAAUGAAGUGAAAGUGUUAAUGAGACCUGUGAAAGUUGAGAAACCCGUGUGAGGGGCGUUCCUUCGUCCCCUUCGUCCUCAUCGUCUUCAAGGGCUGUUAGAAGGGCGGCCGGGCUGUUGACGGCAUAACGGAUGGAGGAGGCGGCAUCGAAAGCGGCUAAUUACUGGAGACUUGCUGCAGAAGGAGGAAGAGAUGCAAGAGGAGCAGAGAGAAGGAAGGAUGCAAGGAUCACUCUCAGCCAAUCACGUGGAGGAUCACAAUCAUCCUCUGUAAACAAUCCACUUCAGCCACUCACAGGCCGCGUCGCAUCUCCCCUAGCGUUGCGCGGGCCAAUCAGCGUGGAGUGUGUAUCACGGAUCAAUCUCUCUGGACCAAUGGCAAGUGUGUUUAGAUAAGUAGGGAUUUCAGUAGCCAAUUACUGUCGUCAUUAAGUUGGGUGAAGCCUCAUUUGGUAAACUCGCCCCAUGGCUCGGGAGUUGUUUAGCAACAUCAAAUAUAUCAUCUGACACAGAAGAGGAGAGGUUAGUUGCUCGCUGCGAGCCGCGUGGAGCAGACGUGAGGAGUGAGGCGCGCUGCGAGGCUGUGACUGGCGGCGUGACGGAGUGACGCUUGUGUUCCCGACCCUCGCGAUGAAGUGUUCUGCUGCCCAGUGCUAGAAAACAAGCCACACACAGUUUUAACAUGGAUUCUAGAUCAGUUUCUCCGGACUCUGUGUCGCCCAGAGGCCAGCCCCACCAGGUGCCCCAGGCUCCGCUGCUUCCCGCCACCGCCGCCCCUGCCGCUGCCGCCUCGCCCAUAGAUCUCAGCUACUCUGUCGUCUCCAAACUCAGCCUGAGCACCCCGCGGUCCACCACUCCCACCACGACCCUCACCGGCGCCUCUGCCAAGACAACACAUAGUGACCCAACCUCAACGUGCACCACCACCACCACGACCCACAGUGACUCCAGCACGGCCCCUGACUCACGCCAGCACCAGCAGGCGUCGGGGGAAUGCCAGGAUGCCAGCAGCAGCCCCGCGUCCUGCUGCGGCGAGGCCAAGACACACAACACGGAGGCGGGGGGAGGCAGACACACUUCCUUCUCAGUCAUGGACAUUCUUGACCCCAAUAAAUUUGUGGGACGCCUUCAGGUGACUUCCAGCGAGGUGACGUCCUCCAUAGACGACGCCAGCCUGCACCCAGACACGUCAGCCGCGUGUGAUUCAGACUCUGAGCUGAGCGUCGGCGGCGGCGGCGGCAGCGACGAGGGAGGCGACGACUGUGGGGACGACAAAGCUGGUAAGGACAUGGACGAGGUGGGCGGCGGAGCGGCCAAGAAAAGGCGAUGCGACGCGGGCGGCGGCAAGCCCCGGCGGGCGCGCACCGCCUUCACCUACGAGCAGCUGGUGUCGCUGGAGAACAAGUUCAAACACACUCGGUACCUGAGCGUGUGUGAGAGACUCAACCUGGCGCUGGCACUCAACCUGACAGAGACGCAGGUCAAGAUCUGGUUCCAGAACCGACGCACCAAGUGGAAGAAGCAAAACCCGGGGUGCGACGUGAACCAGCCCACGCAGCCCCCCAGCCCGCCCAGCAUGCUGACCUACCCUGGGGGCAUGGGCCCGCCGCUCCUGUGUCCCACCCCAUUGGCAUAUUUGGGCGGCAAUGGCGGUCCCGCCGGCACCUCCAUCCCCGCCCACCUCACCGCCCUCUACCUCCACCACCUCAAGAACUGACAGGCCGCGCCCCAGUCCUGCACUCCGCGUGCGGCAGGUCCCCGCCCUUCCGCUGCGGUUCCCGGUCUGCACGCGCCCCGCCCAGGGCAGCCGGCGUGCCGCGGGAGAACAGGCUGAGCUCGGCCGCCGCACCGCCUGGUCAAAUACCAAAGUGUAUGUCUGUCUGUAUAUUACAGUGUGUAAGUCGUGUCGGUGUUCUGCCGCGCCGCUCACAGGCGUCCCUAUUGUUAUAUAUUUAAAUAAAUUUUAUUUAACAUAUUUCAA